AUGACACAUCGUCAGUAUGACGCGUCACUGUACCAACACAAAAAGGCCUUCUCCACGUUCCAGUCGCUGUCGGCGCACGUGUGGCAGGCAGUGACGCGGGCGAGGGAGCUGGGGCCCACGGAGUACACGGUGUUCGCGAACUGCAGGAAGCGGGUGGAGCCGGCGAUGCAGGAGAGCUACUUCGGGAACCUGAUCCAAGCGAUAUUCACGGUGACGGGGGCGAGGCUGAUCCUGUCGAGCCCGGCGGAGUUCGGGGCGGGGCUGAUCAGAGGGGCGAUCGAGGCGCACGAUGCGGAGGCGAUCGGGAAGAGGAACGAGGAGUGGGAGAGGAAGCCGGUGAUAUUCGGGUACAAGGACGCCGGGGUGAACUGCGUGGCGGUGGGGAGCUCGCCGCGGUUCCAGGUGUAUGAGGUGGAUUUCGGGUGGGGGAGCCCGGAGAGCGUGAGAAGCGGGCUCAACAACAGGUUCGAUGGGAUGGUGUAUCUGUACCCGGGGAAGAGUGGGGGAGGUAGCAUUGACGUGGAGAUCAGUUUGGAGGCUAAGGCCAUGGAGAAGCUCGAGAAUGAUAAGGACUUCUUGUUGGAGUCUUGA